CGCGCAGACGCGCUCCGCUUGACACCGCUGACGGUGGCCGGUUAAGCCCGAGCGGUGGUGGAUGGACGUGCGCCGGCUCGGAGGCCGCAUCGCGGCGGCGCUGAGGGCGCUCGCCGCGGGGGGCUCGCUGCCCAUCCCGGCGUGGAUCACCAACGGCCUGGCGAUGAUCUCGCUCGUGCUCUCCUCCUGCGACCUGCUCCGCCUCUGCAGCGACAGAGACCGACGUCUCCGGUUCCCGCUCGGUGGCCGCGAGUUCGUUACCGUGGUCUGCCAGCUGGCCUCCAUCGUGUACCUCUUCAGCCCUUGCGGUACUGGUAUCCCAUCUGCGAACCCCGAGACCCCCGCCUGCCGCGACCAGGGCGGCUCCGCCGACCAAACGCGCGCCGCCGCCGCCGACGCGCCGGAGGCAUUGCAUGGCGGGGCGGAGGGCGAGGACGAGGAGAUCGUCGCCGCUGUGGUGUCCGGGGCGCUGCCGUCGCACCACCUCGAGUCGCGCCUCGGAGACUGCCGCCGCGCUGCCAGGCUGCGGCGGGAGGCGCUACGGCGGAUGACGGGGCGGGGCGUUGAGGGGCUCCCGCUCGACGGGAUGGACUACCAGGCCAUCCUGGGACAAUGCUGCGAGAUGCCCGUUGGGUACGUGCAGAUGCCGGUCGGGGUCGCCGGGCCGCUGCUCCUGGAUGGGAAACAGUACCAUGUUCCCAUGGCUACCACCGAGGGAUGUCUCGUGGCCAGCGUCAACCGCGGCUGCAGAGCCAUCGCUGCGUCUGGGGGCGCCUUCAGCGUGCUGCUCCGGGAUGCAAUGUCUCGUGCGCCUGUCGUCAAGUUGCCAUCGAUCAAGAGGGCUGCGGAGCUCAAGGCGUUCGUCGAGACACACACCAAUUUCGAGACUCUGGCUGCUGUCUUCAAUAGAUCCAGCAGAUUUGGGAAGCUUCAAGGCAUUCAUUGUGCACUAGCAGGACGGAACCUUUACAUGAGGUUCACUUGUAGUACUGGAGAUGCUAUGGGAAUGAAUAUGGUGUCAAAAGGUGUUGAGGAUGUCUUGGGCUACUUGCAGAAUGAUUUCCCCGACAUGGAUCUCAUCAGCCUAUCUGGUAACUAUUGUUCAGACAAGAAGGCUGCAGCCGUAAACUGGAUAGAAGGUCGUGGGAAAUCUGUUGUUUGUGAGGCCAGAGUCAAAGGGGGAGUUGUGCAGAGCGUUCUUAAGACCACCGUGCAAAAACUCGUCGAGCUUAACAUCGUAAAGAAUCUCGCUGGAUCAGCUGUGGCCGGAGCUCUUGGAGGUUUCAAUGCCCAUGCAAGCAAUAUCGUUACCGCCCUGUUCAUUGCUACGGGGCAGGAUCCUGCCCAGAACGUUGAAAGCUCACAGUGCAUCACCAUGAUGGAGGCAGUGAAUGACGGAGGCGAUCUUCACAUCUCUGUGACCAUGCCUUCCAUUGAGGUAGGCACUGUCGGGGGUGGCACCUGUCUUGCUUCACAGGCCGCAUGCCUGAACCUGCUUGGCGUCAGGGGUCCGAACCGUGACUCGCCUGGGGCAAAUGCUAGGAUUCUUGCAACCAUUGUCGCCGGCAGCGUGCUCGCAGGCGAGCUCUCUCUCCUGGCAGCCCUUGCCGCUGGCCAACUCGUGAAGAGCCACAUGAAGUACAACCGAUCGAGCAAAGACGUGCCAGGUGCUUCUGCUUCUUGAGUAUAUAUAUAUAUAUAUAUAUAUAUAUAUAUAUAUAUAUAUAUAUAUAUAUAUAUAUAUAUACAGCAGCUCGUCGGGCACUCCAAGGCUCCAAGCGACAUGUUUGGGCAGCAGUGGCCCAGGCGAGACCGACGCCAAACAAACGAGACAAGCAGAGACCGACUGUACAGAGUGUGCUAAGGCGAGCAGGGCCCUGCUUGACUGUUUUGUUCUGUGGACGUUAUGCUAGCGACGUACAGCGCCUAACAGAUCAUGCAACUUCUGACUGUAGUAACCUCCUCUUUGUUCUUAUGUGAGCCUUCGUAUAUUUAAUGUUCGCUUAUAACCGUCCGUUCGAACUCAAUCAUCUCUUUGCUUUGGAUAGCAGAAGAUCAGAUU